UCUCAAUUUGCAAUCCUCGCACAAGGGUUUUGGCUUUUAGUUCUCGUAUUCACUUCACAGACCUUGUUCGUUCUUCUACCUGCACACAGGGAAAUGGGGAGAUCGGCGACGACAAAGGAUGCGCAGGCUCUUUUUCAUUCUCUCCGCUCUGCCUACGCCGCCACUCCCAAUAAUCUCAAGAUCAUCGAUCUCUACAUUGUAUUCGCGGUUGUUACUGCUGUAAUUCAGGUAGUUUACAUGGCCAUUGUUGGAUCAUUCCCUUUCAACUCCUUUCUUUCAGGGGUUCUUUCAUGUGUGGGAACUGCUGUCCUUGCUGUUAGUCUUCGGAUUCAAGUAAACAAAGAAAACAAGGAAUUCAAGGAUUUACCUCCAGAGCGUGCUUUUGCUGAUUUUGUUCUCUGCAAUUUGGUACUUCAUUUGGUUAUCAUGAACUUCCUGGGAUAAGUUGAUGUUCUGCCGAAGGAACAAGCUCUCCAGAUUCUGAUUACACUCUCUCUGAUGCAAUCAGACAGUGUGAUAACAUUUUUUAUGCACUUAAUUUAAACUUCCAUCUGUUAUUGAGGUCGAAUACAAGAAGGAAAUAUAAAAAACAGCAUUGCCCAUCACUGAUAUAGACUUCAAUGUAUUAGUUUGACAACAUAUAUUCCUGAAACCUGAAUCCUGCUAUAUAGUGUAAUCUUUUGUCUUUUGUGGUAAGACGUCAUAAUAGAUGGCCGAAGUUCUCAUUACA